AACGCCCUUGGCGCUCUAAGCGGGCGGCGGGUCCACGAGGGCGCCGCGGAGCCGGACCUCCGCGGUAGGCGCACAGGUAGCGCUUGCCGCAGCACCUGCCUCGCCGGCCCCGCGCUCGGGGCGGGGCUUCCCGCGUCCCCUUUAAGAGGCCGCAUCACCCGCCCCUGACGUCAGGGUGUCUCUCCGCACGAACCCGCGUCCCGCGCCGCUCCGCGCCCCCGCGCCCACAGCCCCGGCGGCGGCAAGACAAGCGGCCGCCCGGCGAGCGCGCCGCACUGCUCGGCCCUCCUGUCCGGCUCCGCCGCCGCCUCUUUCCGACACCCGCAGCCGCAGCCGCCCGCCCGACCCCUCGCACCAUGUCGGUGGCCGGGCUCAAGAAGCAAUUCCACAAAGCCACUCAGAAAGUGAGUGAGAAGGUCGGAGGAGCUGAAGGAACCAAGCUAGAUGAUGACUUCAAAGAAAUGGAGCGGAAGGUGGAUGUCACCAGCAGGGCUGUGAUGGAAAUAAUGACCAAAACAAUUGAAUACCUUCAACCCAAUCCAGCUUCCAGAGCUAAACUCAGCAUGAUCAACACCAUCAAAAUCCGCGGCCAGGAGAAGGGGCCAGGCUACCCACAGGCAGAGGCGCUGCUAGCGGAGGCCAUGCUCAGUUCGGGGGAGCUGGGAGAUGACUGCAACUUUGGCCCAGCUCUUGGUGAGGUGGGGGAGGCCAUGAGGGAGCUCUCAGAAGUGAAGGACUCUCUGGACAUGGAGGUGAAGCAGAACUUCAUUGACCCCCUUCAGAACCUUCAUGACAAAGAUCUGAGAGAAAUUCAGCAUCAUCUAAAGAAGUUGGAGGGCCGACGCCUGGACUUUGAUUAUAAGAAGAAACGACAAGGCAAGAUUCCAGAUGAAGAACUCCGUCAGGCUCUGGAGAAAUUCGAUGAAUCUAAAGAAAUUGCUGAGUCCAGCAUGUUCAAUCUCUUGGAGAUGGAUAUCGAACAGGUGAGCCAGCUGUCUGCGCUCGUCCAAGCCCAGCUGGAGUACCACAAGCAGGCCGUCCAGAUCCUGCAGCAAGUCACCGUCAGACUGGAAGAAAGAAUAAGACAAGCUUCAUCUCAGCCUAGAAGGGAAUAUCAGCCUAAGCCACGAAUGACCCUGGAGUUUACAACUGGAGACAGUACUCAGCCCAACGGGGGCCUGUCCCACACCGGAACACCCAAACCUGCAGGUGCCCCAAUGGAUCAGCCUUGCUGCCGAGCUCUGUACGACUUUGAACCUGAAAAUGAAGGGGAGUUGGGUUUUAAAGAGGGUGAUGUCAUCACACUCACCAACCAGAUUGAUGAGAACUGGUAUGAGGGGAUGCUUCAUGGCCAGUCAGGCUUCUUCCCCAUCAACUAUGUGGAGAUUCUGGUUGCCCUCCCUCAUUAGGAUGUUGGGCUGGCAGGCUUACCUCCUCUUGACCCAGAUAGUUACGUUUAACCACUGCUUCGGUAAUGCUGCUUACAACACAUCCCAAAUGCAGGCCGCAGUGGUCCAGGUCAUCAAGCCCCACCGAGUAUCUUUGGUUGACUUGUGUGAUCCCACAAGAGUCAUGGUGAUGGGUGGUAUCUUCUGAGGCUGGCAGGCAUGGCAUGUGCUUUUUAAACACCAUCUGAGACCAGCCAGUAGUCACUGAACUGCUGUUUACAUGCUUCUCAG